UUUUCCCAUUAUCUUCAAAGAGUUUGCGUUGUGCAUACAUAAUGCUGGUAUAAGAACGCUGGAAAUUCUGCUUCAGCCCUUAAUUAGUAACGCAUGUUCUCUCCGAAUUCACGAGAAAAGUGGUUCACAACCAGAGUUUGCCUCUCCUCAAGUCUUUCGCCCCCGGAAAAUGAGAGCUGCUUGCGCCGAGACCCUCUUCACUCUCCUCGGCCUCAAUCUCCUGUGCCACGUCUUCAGCGCCGCCGACGCCUCCGCCAAACGGGGAUGCUCGGCGUUCGGGCAUAGCUGUUUCGGAGGCCACGGGAAGCGAUUCGACCCCGAGGCCAUGGAAGUCGGCGCGGGGGCCGCAGCGGCCAUGGCCGAUAUCCUCGACGACCAGACGACCAGGGACAGAGACAGGGACCGGAACAACCGGGAUCAGGACCUGGGACUCUUGGCCAGCAUCGCCGCUCCCAGGGAUCUCGCCACCGCGUCUGGCAAUUCUCAGAACAUUCUCAAGGCCUUAAUGGACUGCCAGGCCAUCAAGCAGAUGUGUGUGACGCAGGCUAUUGGAGUUUCGAAGAUCAAGCGACCAUCUGACACAUCGAGUUACAAUACGGAAUUCAGUGACAACUAUCAUUGAUGAUCAACUUCGUCAAGACGAUACAGUAGCAGCCGAGCGGUGUAAAAACUGUUGUUUUGUUUGCGGUCUAGCAAUUGUUGUAAAUAAACCCUGCCAUUUCAAAAA